UAUGGUGCAUCCCACCCACAGAGUGCAGCACAACAAGGAGCCACCGGGCUGCAAAGUAACGGGAUUUUAAAACUUCAAACUUCUAUUUCUAACAAAUCAACUCCAGGAGCCUCGCGACGCGGAUGAUCGACGGCUCCUCCGGAAGCGCGUGGCUGGUUCGUGCUGUUUUGUGUUGAGGAGCCGUGCGACACUUUGUGGAUGGAAACAAUGAGGCGAUGUAAAAACCCUCGUGUUUUUUUUAUUCUAACAGUCAAGUCCUUCCUGCUGUGAAACACACGUUUGGCAGAUUUUUGUAUUUUUGUAUUUUUUUUGCACAGGAAAAGUAUUUGCAUGUGUGGUAGAUGCUCGUUUCCUGUUUCCUCCUCAGAGUCAGAGCUGCACAGAUCCGAGUAAAGCAUCAAGUGCCAUGUUCGUGCAGACAUCAUGUCCGAGCUCAUCCCAUCACCGAGGACUUUGCUGGACUGGUGCAGAGUCACGUGCACCAGUUACCCCUCCGUGGACAUAAGCAACAUGUCCACCUCGUUCAGAGACGGACUCGCAUUCUGUGCCAUCAUCCACAGACACAGACCGGACCUGAUAGAUUUCAGCUCCCUCUCCAAAGAGGAUGUUUACCUCAAUCACAAACUGGCGUUUCAAGUUGCAGAAACAAAGCUGGGCAUCCCUGCGCUGCUGGAUCCAAAAGAACUGGUCUCCACCCGGGUCCCCGAUUGUCUGAGCGUCAUCUCGUACCUUUCAUACUUCUACUGCGUCUUCAACAGGACGUCUCAGGCAGGUUCCUCUGGUUUGAGAUCAUCGCACGGCUUCAAGAGUAAAACUCCUGAUGGUCUUAAACCCCUGAAGAGCUCGAGUCAUCUGGAAACCGAUCGUUCAUCCAGCACGAGGCCGCGGACGGUGUGUAGUCUGUGUUUCAAGCCCGUCCACCUCAUCCAGAGACAUCUGAUCGACGGGAAGGUCUUUCAUCGCAGCUGCUUCAGGUGCAAACUGUGCCACAGCACUCUCUUACCAGAGUCUUACACACAGGGCAGUGAUGCUGCCUCCUUCAUCUGCAGCGACCAUUUCACAGACAGUAAAAACACUCAUGUUGACCUCAAACAGAAAACUGAGUAUCGUCCCAGACGUGCUCUUCAGUCAGGUUAUGUGUCUCUGUGUGGAUUGGCUGUCUCCAGCGUCCCUCAUUACACUGAGACAACAGAGUCACGGGACAGACCGGUUUGUGAAGCGGCAGAGGCGCCUGGGAGCGAGAGGCAGGAGAGGAGCAGCGAGGUGGAAUGCAGAGAUAACAGAGACUCAGCUGCUGGACUGAAGAACAUGUUGAAGACGCCAGCACCACCUCAUCUUCCUCCACCUCCUUCUCCUCCUCCACCCAGUGAGGGGUCGGUCGCAGGGGCUGGAAAAGAUGAAGCUGCACCUAUUCAGACAGAUGGCGAGACACAACAAGAAGCCACAGUGACUCACCAGCCGUCUGAGCGAGUGACGGAAGGAAGCGGUCGGCAGGUUCCAGCACCAGGACAAAUGUCCGACUCCUCUGUGGCCCCUGUUCCUGCACCGAGGACCAAAACCUCCCAGACAACAACCAGCUCCCCCGCUGCUGGUAAAUCUCCACUCAGAUCGUCUCACGUCCCAACCUGCAGCAGCUCUACCGUGAAAACCAACCAUCCGUGGAUGACCAUCAUUCAUUCGGGACCCUGGACCCAGCUGCCUCCCGCUCCCCCCCCGGUGCCCACUCCUCGAACCAAAUCUGUGUUUAAACGGCAGGGCCCCUGGUACAGAUCCAAAGUGACAGGCCCCAAUCCAUUUGAAGAGUACAUGCAUGAGGAGGAGGAGGAGGCUCCGAAACCUGAGUCCUCAGUGGAGGCGAGUCUUUCAGAGAGUGAGGGCAGUUUGGUAAAUAUCAUCGGAGACACAGAGGUGAUUGUUGGAUCAGGUGAAAAUACUAAAUCGGAUGUAAACCCGCUGGAUGAACACAUUCCAGCUGAGACACCAGAUUACAAAGAGGCUCCAGCAGGGGGAGCGAGUGAGGAGACGUCCAGUGAACCGGCUGCAAACUCGGGUCAAAUCACUUCACCACAUGUGGGUGAAAACGGAGGGACGGGUGGUUCGCUCCCAGAUGUGACCGAAGCAGCUGCAUGGCCACAUGUUGCACCAGAUGAGGGCCAGAGUCUCCUUUUACCCAGAAGUCUCUCUGUGCCGGUCAUCACGUCUGUCUACUCUCAAGGUUCCUCGCUGCCGGGCGGUGUAGGGAGUGAAUCUGUCUCGGCGUGGCAAAGUAAGCCGGCCUGCCGUGAGAAUCCUUUUGAUCGAAAUCCCACGAUGAUCAAAUCCAAGACUUUCCAGGCGCUGCCGUCUCAACGGGCGCCGGCCCCUGGACACGGCUUCCCUCUCAUCAAGAGGAAGGUACAGUCGGACCAACAUGUCUCUACAGAAGCGCUGCAGACUGAGAUGAGAGAGGUGGAGAAACGUCUGGAGGCUCUGCAGCACAGAGGAGUGGAGCUGGAGAAGAAUCUGAGAGACUGCAGGAACGAUAAAGAGGAGGAACGCAUGCUGAUGGAGUGGUUCUCUCUGCUCCAUGAGAAACAAGCUCUGGUGCGCAGAGAUACCGAGCUGCUUUAUCUGACAAAGCAGCAGAAGUUGGAGGAGAGACAGGCGGAUGUGGAGUAUGAGCUCAGAUGCAUCCUGAAUAAACCUGAGACGGACUGGAGUCAGGAGGACCGGGGGCGAGAGCAGCGGCUCAUGGACGAGCUGGUGGCCAUCAUCGAGCAGAGGAACCAGAUCAUCAGCAGCUUGGAUGUGGACAGGCAGAGGGAAAGAGAAGAAGAUGAACUUUCAGAGGCCACGAAGAAGAACAAAGCGCUCCAGAAGGAGGAGCUGAAGGAGCUGAAGAAGUCCAAAGGAAAGUUCAAGCCCACAAAUGUUUUUAAGAUGCUCAACCAUAAAGCAGAAAGCAUCAAGGUCUCCACGGACAAAAAGAGCUGAUGUACGAAUAUGAAAUGUUUUACAGGUGCAAAGUUCUCAUAGAUAACAGAUUUGUUUUAUGGUUUUAGAUUAUGAAGGUGUUAAUAUUUAUUUUGACCACAGAUGAUGAUUAUCAUAUGAAAUAUGAUAAUAAUAAUAAUAAUAAUAUAGUAAUGUCAAGAAGAGCAGCUCUGUAGUGUAGACAAGAUGAAAUCUAAUUUUCUAUCUCUGCUAAUUUUUUAACUGGUAUCAGUGUACAUUUUCUAUGUUGCUGUAUGCAGCCAAUAUUAAUGUUUCUUUAUUUUGUAACAUACUUGUAUUUGUAGAAGUAAGCAAUAAAUAUUUAUUUGAGAAAGUUCUAUGUGUUGUUUAUGGAAAAUAACUUUAUUUUUACUUUUAUUUCAAACUGUUCUUUCUUUUGAGAAGCGAGAGAUCAACUAUGUUAAAGAAGGUGAAUUUGAAUUCACUCAGAACAGGAAAAACCAACUUGUGUUGAGUUGUAUGAUUAAAAAUAUUUAUCAGAACAGAUCAUAUUUUAAUUUGCUCUGAGAUGGUUUUGGUUCUGAUAUAAUGGUUUGAAAUAAAGACGGGUAAUUGUU